GUAGCGCGAUAUUUAAAAAUGUAAACUUGCUGGGAAGGGUGAGGAGAGUGAGUCCGUGAAUGGCUGCCACAGAGGGACCCGGAGCCCGUGAGGGCUAAUCCUGAGGGCAUAUGUGUGAACAUGGCCAAGAAAAUAUCCAGAGCCAGUGCUACAUGUUGCCCUUUAAGCUCAGUCUGCACAAUUCCUCCUCAAAGACUUAAGGUGGCAUACAGGCCAUGGCUAUGCAGAGUAUAGAAAAGAGAUUGUCUGGAUGGAAAUGUUCUAAAACUGCCCUCAGUGAGCAGGAUGUGGCAGAUCUACUGAAAGAAUUCACAGAGCUGAAUAGAAAGGAGCAGGAGAAUGGUCCAGACAAUGUUCCUCAAAAACACAGUGACAAUCCAAAAUGUUCUCUGUACCCGUCUCCUGGAAAUAUUCUGCACACUGGUCGGCAGCUUCCAAGAACCCCAGGUCCGGGGAUAUUACCUCUUUUGCCCUCCCAGAGAUUUGAGCCAAAGGACCCAGGAAAUGAAUUCUUUGAAGAACUGUACAAGUCUGUUACCGGGAACAGUAUAAGAUGUACAGACAACAUGGUCCCGUGUGGCAGACAGCUUCAGCACACUCCUGUACAAACGGGCAAAACAGACGCAAUAGGAAAUAGUAGCGCCCUGAGUGAAAAACUGCCGCAGGAGUGCUUUGGAGCUGGUACAUUGUCACAGGAGUCAAAUAUAGAGGACCAACUAAGGGAUUUGCUGACCAUCAAGGUGCCUGAAAACCAGCCUAGUUGUAAAGCGAAUAAUUUGUUUUCGGGGCCACAAUGCUCUAAGCCCAGUCUGUCUGAUCCUGUGAGAAAUGGGAAGAUUGUGAAUUGCAACAACAAAACAAAUGCAAGCAAUGUUGAAAGAGGUGACAGUUCUGUUGAGGUUAACAGGAGAAUUAGUGAACGUCCUGUUCAGGGAUUAAAUAAAAUACGCAUUUCGGGGGUGCUUAAAAAAAUGCAUGGUUAUGAAUGUCGAAAUGAAGAUUUAGAGUUUCUGGAGCAACUGGCAAACCUGGAAAGAAUAAAAGUCCUAAAGGGUGAACUGAGUGGUCUGCGCAAGGAGCUGACUGCAACAAACAGGGAUAUGGAGUUGGUAUUGGCAAAAAAAGAGAAGAUUGAAGAGGACAUUCAGAAAAUGAAGAAAUCAUUUGAAAGGACCGUGCAGCUCGGCCGAGAGUUCUUGUGCAGGACUCAAGAAGGGACUGUAGUGGUGAAAGAUUUGCCUCCUGAAGGCGUCUUGAAGCAUUUAAAGCUAAUGUCUAUCCAGCAUGUACAUCAGCAAGUGAAAGUCCAGCUCCUCGCAGCUCAGAAAGAACUGACAAAUACAAGAGAAAAACACAAAAGUUUGAAAACCACUGUCAAAGGCAAAACCAGUUUGGAGACUGAAUCCUGUGAGCAGCAAAUGAAGGAGGCAGAAUCUCGAGUACAAGGAUUGCAGGAAGAAGUUGCUGCAAUUAAAAACAAGAUUAAGAAAACACAGAGAGAUGUUGCAGAAGCAAAGGCAAGUAUUCAGGAGAAGAGAGCACAAAUUAGCUCCCUGCAACAGGCUGCUGCUACAAAGCCAAUCCGCAACGUAAAUGAAGCCGAGAGGGAGAGACUAAACCGCAGGCUGCAAAGGCUUGUCCAUCGGAAAGAGAUAUAUCUGGAAAGGGAGAAGAUCUUACAGAGGCUUAAAGUACAAAUAUAAUCAGUUAUGGUGCAAAAACAGAAAACGUGCAUCUCUAUAGCGACAGCAGGCCCCCCAAUAUUCACAAUGCUAUUCCUGUAUUUUCCUAAUAAUGGAAACUAUAUCACCUGUUAUAGGAAGGUAAUUCUGACUCACACACAAGUUGCACUCAACUGUAAGUCAUACACAUACGGAUGGAAUUGAGGCUUCUGUGUCUAUUGUAGAGAUGACCAUUAUUCUUGUACCAUAGAUAUCAGUUAGGACAGGUCUGAAAAUGAUCAGCAAAAUGAUACAGCAGAUUAGGAAGUGAAGAAAAUCUGUAUUUCCAAUUACCAGCCAGAAAAAUAAAAAGUGACCUACUGUGUAUGGCCACAUGCAUGGUAUCCAUUUGGCCUGUGGGCCAGUCAGUUGUAUACAGGAUAGGACCAGCAAGUGUAUGGCCGCCGGAAUAGCCUCAUGGAUAAAAGAGAAAGUGUUAUAUCAUAUUGAGCCUAUUCCCAAUUUCCCCAGAAUACAUUUUAGGGCACUUCAAGCUAAUUUAGGAGCGGUACAUCAUUUCCAGGGAGUGGGGCAUUUAAAUGUUAGGUCUAACAACUGUCACGUGCAGUUCCACCAUACAGAAGAACACCCCACAUACCUCAACUGUCAGUCAUGGACAAAACUGUAUCAAAAAUGCAAAUCAUUUUAGCCAUCUAACAUCUAUAGUUCAGCAUGUAAGCUGUAAGAAGAUUUUCAGGCACAGUAUUUCUCACCUGUAUCAGUGCACACCCUAAACUAUGUACUACUUUAGCCACCUAAGUUGUCCCUACCUAUAUAUGUGCACAUAAGAUAUGUAUUCAUUCAUUGCUUGCUCAUUUGAAAAAAAAAAAUGUAUGUGCUUCGGUAAAAAAAAACAAACAUGUUUUGGUUUUCAUUAUAGUCCCCUAUAGGAUCAAGCUGUAAUAUAGUAAUCAUGAGAUCCAUCCAAUAAACAGCUGCAGAAUGUCUGUGAGACUGUUACAAUCAUGGUAACUGCUCUGACCCUGGCUGCGCAUUUAUUGUCACACAAGUGAUAAUCGCCUGACAUGCGAUUCCAUUACAAGGUUAACACAGUUCCUAAAGGUAUUUCUCCAAUGUUCAGCCAUCCACAUUUCCAGCCGGUGUGCAGAGAAUCUGUGUGUCGUUACCUUUAUACCCCUGAAAACAUUUCUAUGAGGUUGGCAGUCAGUAAUGUUUUAUGUGUUACUGCCAGACACCUGACCAUAAGUGUGUAUAAUUAUGAUAGACUGUAAGCUCCACUGGGGCAGGGAUGUGAGUGAUGAGCAAUCUCUGCAGAAUGUGUUGUACUGGAUAAAUACCAGAUUAUAAAUAAACACUGUACAGUGGAACCGCC